GAGACCGAUAUCGCUAUUGUUUAUUUUUUGAUCGGUGAUAAGAAAUUGAUAACACUUUUGUACAUAAGACCGCUACAAAUAAACUCGCGCACAAUGUCUGCCACACCCCAACUCCACAGUCUUGACUCCCUUAUUGCUAAUGCAUUGUCAGGAAAAGAUCUGGAAGAAUUUAAUAGGAUACACUACGGCCGAACCGAUCACCACGUAAUCAAAGUGAAGAAAAACAGCCAAGAUGUUGCGUCGAACAACGAUUUUGAAAUAUCUGCUUAUGCUUUCCCAGCUAAAAAGGAAGAUACCAGAGCUCCUCGAGUAGUAAAAGUCGGGGUGAUCCAGCAUUCUAACGCAGCUGCGACUGAUAAACCCAUCACUGAGCAGCGGCAGGCCAUGUUUAAUAAGCUGGAGAAGAUAAUUAACACUGCUGGAGAUGAAGGUGUCAAUGUCCUGUGUCUGCAGGAGGCUUGGAGCAUGCCCUUCGCGUUCUGCACCAGGGAGAAACAUCCCUGGUGUGAGUUCGCGGAGUCGGCCACCGAUGGCCCAAGUACCCAGUUCCUUAGGGAAUUUGCAGUCAAAUACAACAUGGUGAUUGUGUCUCCCAUUCUUGAGAGAGAUGAGGCUCACGGUGACACCAUCUGGAACACCGCAGUUGUUAUCAAUGAGCAAGGAAAAGUCAUUGGGAAACAUAGGAAGAACCACAUUCCAAGGGUUGGUGAUUUUAAUGAGUCUACAUACUAUUUUGAGGGUAACACUGGUCACCCUGUGUUUGAUACCAAGUAUGGAAAGAUUGCCAUAAAUAUUUGCUAUGGCCGCCACCAUCCCCAGAAUUGGCUCAUGUUUGGGGUGAAUGGAGCUGAAGUGGUGUUCAACCCAUCGGCCACUGUGGCAGGUCUCAGUGAACACUUGUGGGCUGUAGAAGCUAGGAAUGCAGCUAUUGCCAACAGUUAUUUUACUUUUGGAAUCAACAGAGUGGGAACUGAGUCUUUUCCAAAUGAGUUCACUUCUGGUGAUGGCAAGCCAGCCCAUAAAGACUUUGGGCACUUCUAUGGAUCCAGCUAUGUGACAGCUCCAGAUGGAGCAAGAAGCCCUAGCUUGUCUAGAACCAAGGAUGGCUUGUUAAUAGCUGAAAUUGAUCUGAAUCUUUGUCGCCAAAUCAAGGACAAGUGGGGAUUCACUAUGACCCAGCGUCUUGAUAUGUAUGCUGAUAGCCUUAACAAGGCUACCAAACAUGAAUAUAAACCUCAAAUUAUUUCUUAAAUAUGCCACUGAAACACAGAAAUUUUAUUUUUUUUACAAUGACUAAGCAUGAAUUUAGUUUUAAGAGAUAUUUUAUUAAUUUUAUUGUUGAAUUUAUAUUUUUUAUCAAAAUUUAUUGCAUGUUAUUAAUAUUAUUUUACUACCAGAAAAUAUAAAAGCUAUGUUAUACCUUA